UAUGGCGAAGCAACGUUGCAAGGCGAAAUGACCAAAGUCCAUUGUAUGCAGCGAUGCACCACCCCCGCGCGUUCGGCCCCACUCUGAACGUGUCACGGACGCCCGCGAGGGUCGGCAUCUGCCUUUUGUUUUGACAAUGCCAGCGCGUGAGUCAAACUUCGGCAACCCCCCAUUUCUCCGUCGAGGGUGGACUGGUCCUGGGAGAAACGUCCAAGGCUGGCGGAGCGCACAGUUCGCGGCAGUCUGAGCCCGAUUGGCAAGUUUGUGCGCGGUAUUCAGCAAAGUAGAGGGGGUCGCGUCGUGGCAGCAAUUUAUUGUUCAAGCAAAAAAAAAAGCAACAUGUUGCAAAUGGAUAUAAUUCCAGUGAUUUUGGCUUUCAUACUCUCCGCAAAACCAGUCUUAGGGUUUGGAAUGGACCCUGACUUGCAAAUUGAUGUCACUACAGAAAUGGAUCUUAAUAAUACAACGGCGGGAGUUGCUCAGAUGUGGACAGACAUAUAGAGGCGCCUCCACACACGACGGAGAAAAUGAUUCAACUGCUUAGAAAUAAAAGCGAGUUCACAGUUGUAGCAACAAUCCAGCAAAAGGUUUUAACCUCUGGGGUCAUCUUGUCUAUCCAUGAAUCUGAUCUCAGGUAUUUUGAAUUGGAGAGCAGCGGUCAAAGGGAUGAGAUAAGAUAUCAUUACUGUUUCAAUGGUAAACCUCGCACAGAAGUAUUCCCAUAUCGACUGGCUGAUGGACAGUGGCACCGAAUUGCACUCUCAAUUAGUGCUUCUCAUCUCUUACUCCAUGUGGAUUGCAAUAGGAUUUAUGAGCGUGUCAUAGAUCCCCCCCAGACCACAUUCAGCCCAGGAAUCAGUGUUUGGCUUGGUCAACGGAACAGCAGACAUGGGCUAUUUAAGGGCAUUCUGCAGGAUGUCAAAAUCAUCUUGAUGCCUAAUGGAUAUAUAACACAGUGCCCAAAUCUCAAUCGCACAUGUCCAACAUGCAGCGACUUCCUUAACCUGGUGCAAGGCAUUAUGGAUCUGCAGGAACUGCUUGCGAAAAUGACAACCAAAUUGAACUAUGCUGAGGCCCGACUGAAUGAGCUGGAGAGCUGCUACUGUGAGAAGACCUGUCGGGUGAACAGAGAGGUGCACCGCAGCAUGGAAUCCUGGGUUGAGAAAUGCAAAAACUGCACCUGCAAGAAUGGAGCCAUUGAGUGCAGGCGAGUAUCAUGCCCUCCUCUAAACUGCCCUGCAGAUUUUCGGCCAGUAUAUAGACCGGGCAAAUGCUGCAAAGAAUGUCGACCUAUGUGUCUCUAUGGGGGUCAGAAGCUUGCCGAAGGUCAAAGAGCUUUGAAAUCCAAGUGCCGUGAAUGCAGAAAUCGAACCAUGGUCAUUGUUCAUGAGACAUGCCCCCCUCUGGAUUGCCCACUGAAUGAACGCAUACAGCCAGAAAACAGAUGCUGUAAUGUAUGCCAUGGCCAUGAUUUCUGUGCGGAAGGACAUGAAUGUGGUGAAAACUCAAAAUGCUGGAAUCUGAACACGAAAGCGGUCUGCAUGUGCAAAAGUGGUUUUGCACCCAUACAGGGCGACACUGCGAAUUGUGAAGAUAAAGAUGAGUGUGCGAAUGGCACACACUACUGCCAUGCAAACACUGUGUGUGUGAAUGUGCCUGGAUCGUAUCACUGUGACUGUCUCCCAGGAUACACCAGAGUUGAUGACUACUCCUGUACAAAGCACGAUGAAUGUGGAAGUGGGCGCCACAACUGUGACGAGACAGCAAUUUGCACUAACACUGUGGGAGGCCAUCUGUGUACCUGCAAACCUGGCUAUGUGGGCAAUGGGACCAUCUGCCGAGCAUUAUGUAAAGAAGGAUGCAGGAAUGGUGGAAGCUGUGUUGCUCCAGAAGUGUGUGCCUGCCCUCCUGGGUUCACAGGAAGAAGCUGUGAGAUAGAUAUUGAUGAGUGUGCUGAAGGCAUCAUACAGUGUCACAGACAUGCUCGUUGUGUCAACCUACCGGGGUGGUACCACUGUGAAUGCAGGACAGGUUACCAUGACAAUGGCAACUAUUCAUUCACCGGUGAGACUUGCGUUGAUAUUGAUGAAUGUGCCGCAGGAAUUCACAGCUGCUGGAACGACUCAGUCUGUGUAAACCUGGAAGGAGGAUUUGACUGUCGAUGCCCUUUUGGUGAACAUUGCACGGGCGAUUGUUCUCAUGACGACGACUUGAAGCGCAAUGGACAAAUCUGGACCUUGAGGAAUGAUCGAUGUUCUGUCUGUUCCUGUCAGGAUGGCAGGAUUUUCUGCAGAAGGACUGUCUGUGACUGUCGUAAUCCAAAUGUGGACCUUUUCUGCUGCUCGGAAUGUGAUACCAGGGUGACCAGCCAGUGUUUACAUCAGAAUGGACAUCUGGUUUACCGCAGUGGUGACAUCUGGACUUACAGCUGCCAGCAAUGCCGAUGUCUGCAAGGAGAAGUGGACUGCUGGCCUUUAACCUGCCCAGCUCUCAGCUGUGAGUAUACGACCAUUCCAGAUGGGGAGUGCUGCCCUCGCUGCGUGAGUGACCCCUGCUUAGCUGACAACAUGGUCUAUGAUAUCCGGCAGACAUGUAUAGACAACCAAGGAAUAACGCAACUAAGUGGCUCGAUAUGGACCGUGGCUGGAUCCCCCUGCACAACUUGCAAGUGCAAGAAUGGAAAUACUUGCUGCUCAGUCAAUGUGGCGUGUCUCUACAAUAACUGAAUCUCAUUUCCUGGACUGGUCUUCUUUCUGUGCGUACAGCACAGGUAACCGUGAAAACAUACCGCAGAAAGGCCCUCGCAUUGUAGAAGCAAAAGCUGUCAAACUGAACAAGAUCUCCAGGAAUUUGCGUGUCGUGGAACAAUCCUGCACUUCUAUGGCUCUCCAGUUAAAUAUGUUUCACUUUCAACUCAAGGUUGGGACCCAUUAACAUGCUGUUAGAAAAUAACACUUCUAUAUUUUUUACAGAAUUUUGGUGGCUAUGUGUGAAAAACUGGAUUGCUAUAUCUGACCUUAUAGAUAAUAUCUGUCCAGAGUUGUUGUCCUGUUUCUUUGUAAAUCAAUUAUCUGAAAUACUGUGUAAUAACUGUUUGAGCACUGAAUGUCUUCUGCUGUUUUUAAAAUUCAUGCAUUUCUGUCAAACAAUCCAACAAAUUAAAUACCAUUGAAAUCGAGUGCUGAACAUAAUGAAGAAAUAGAGUAAGAAAAUUGAAAAAUGUGUAGUUUUCUUUUUUGGAAGAAGAAUCUAAACCGGUUUUGGUGAAACAAUCCUCAAUUUAGUUAGACUGGGAUUUGAAGUAGACUGUUCUUUAGGGAUAAAGUAACUUCCAUUUCAUUACCGAAUGAAUGAUAUACACUCAGUGGCACAUUGUUAGUUACACCUGCUUGUUAAUGCAAAUAUUUAAUCAACCAAUCAUUGAGUAGCAACUCAAUGCAUAAAUGCAUGCGGUUAUAGGCAAGAGGUUCAAUUGUUGUUCAGACCAAACAUCAAAGUGAGGAAGAAAUGUGAUCUAUCUGACUUUGACCAUGGAAUGGUUGUGUUGAUGUCAGACAGGAUGGUUUGAGUAUCUGAGAAACUACUGAUAUCCUCAUAUUUUCAUGCAGAACAGUCUCUAGAAUUUACAGAGAAGAGUGCAAAAUAAAAACAAACAAAAAAUAAUCCAGUGAGUAGUUGUUUUGUGGGCAAAACUGUCUUGUUAAUGAGAGAGGUCAGAGGUGAAAGUCCAGACUGGUUCAAGCUGACAGGAAGACAGCAGUACUUCAAAUAGCCUUGCAUUAGAACAGUGGUGUGCAGAAGAGCAUCUUCAAAUGCAUAACGUGUCAAACCUUGAAGUGGAUGGGCAAUAGCAACAGAAGACCACACCUGUACCUAAUAAAGUAGCCACUGAAUGUACAUCCUUUUUCCAAGGAACAACAAAUCUAAAAUGGCAGUGUAAUUCUUUCCAACGAUUUAGUAAUCAAAGCUAAUAUGAGCAUUGAAAGAGGCUGAAAUUUUUAUCUUCUUGAAAAUCAGAAUUAAUCAAAUAGCAAUUAGCUUUUGUUUUUGGAAUUUUAAGCACUUUUCUUUCUUUCUCUGCUGCGUUGAGUUUUCAUAGCAACUAAUUGAGGGAUCUUUUUAAGAUAACACAUGUGUAGUUGAUUGUAUUGUUUGAUUAUGUCACUCUUAUUGACCUGCUGCAUUAAUCCCAGCAACCACAACAUUCCAGCAGUAGAAAGACCCACAAGUGUUCUGCAAUGGGGUUAUGGGCACUUUGGAGAACCUCUGGAAACGUCAAGGCCAUUGUAUUUCGAACAUUUGCACUGCCUGUGUGAAUCCAAACUGGAAGUGAUUUAUUCCCAGGAUAUUUCCUGUAAUUAUGAAGCAGUACCAAUAAACAAUGCUAAAAUUAACUCUAAUUACUGGUAAUUUCAUAAAUGUACUGGCAUCAGUUAUGACUCUGAUUCAUUUAUCAGAUCAGAUCAAUGUACUGCUUCAGAUACGUCUUGGCGUUGUCUUUAACUCGGUGCUUUACUUUGUAAGAAUGAACAAGUAACCUAGUGUGAUGCUGUAAUUCUGUGCUGAUAGAAUUAAGGGUGCUGUCUUUUGAAUGCAGCACUACAUUUGACGUAAAAGAUGCCUCAAUUAAUUGUGGAAGUCCAGCAGGGUGUGGCCAAUACAUAUCUCUCAGUCAAUACCUUGAGCAGAUAACGUAGUCAGUGUUAUUUACAGGACAUCACUGUGAAAGCAUGCUGUAGUUUUUGUUAAAAACAAUGAUUACAUUCCAAAUAUAUCUUAUUGACUCUAAACAUUUUUGCAAGACUUGAUAUCAUGAAAGUGUUAAAUAAAUGUAUAUUCUUUCAUUAUGGUUCAUCUUUCUAAUAAAAGUAGCCAAUGAUGGAAGAACCUCAUCAAGGAUUGUGUAAAUCAGAGACAAAUGCAUCAGUCUCCAGAAAGACAAAAUAAAAAUUUCAUGGCAUAUGUCAGUGAUAUUAAACCUGAUACUUAUUCUAUUUCCGAGAAUUUAGUUAUAAUUUGUGGUUUUGUUUCUGCAAAGUUAUAACUCAUUUUUUAGGAAGAAGUUGGACAGAAGAUUUUCAGAGCAGAACAAAGGAAGAGAGGCUUCACUUUCAUGGAGAAACUGGAAAAACUAACUGAUCCUGUUACCACAGUUUAUGAGCCUGGUCCAGUUAAGAUCGUGGCCAAGGUAGUCCCCUGAAUGUUGAUUGUGGGACUCAGUAUUUCCAAUGCCAUUGAAUGUCAAAGAUAAGUAGUCAGACUUCUGAGAUUGCUUGGAUUUCUUGUGGCAUAUUUGUGCCGAUGCUUGAAUGUUGCCAGUGAUUUGCUGCAUGAAGGUAUAGGCUUCAUUAUUGUUGAAGAAAUGCUAUUUUUUAUUUAUUUAUCGAGAUACAGCACGGAAUAGGCCCUUCUGGUCCUCUGAGCCAUGCCGCCCAGCAAUCCCAUGAUUUAAUCUGUGCCUAAUCACAGGACAAUUUUAAAAUGACCAAAUAACCUAACAACCGUACGUCUUUGGACUGUGGGAGGAAACCAGAGCACCCAGAGUAAAGCCACUCAGUCACAGAAGAAUGCACAAACACUUUACAGGCAGCGCCAAGUGUUCGGCCUGAGAGUCCAGUUCGUAUUUGAAAGCCUAAGAUCUCGGGACUCUGGAGACGGGCGGAUCGAGGGUCGGAGUCACGGCAAGGGACUCGUAUGUCGUCGGGGAGCCUGGAAAAUCUUCCGCUAUGGGCCCGAAGACCCGAGAUCUUUGCGAUCCUCAGGCACAGAGCUCAUAAAAAAGCGACAAAAUUGACUUUUUAACAUCGUAAACCAGCGGGUUGUUGUUAUGUCUCCCACUCACUGUGAAAAUGGGGGACACCUCCCUCUCCUUUACUAGGGAGAGGGAGAACCUGUGGUUUGUC